GGUAUCCCUCCAACCAAGAAAAGGAAGAGAGAAAAGAGAAGAUUAAGAACAAGUUUGAAAUCCUUACAAUGAAGAAACUCAUAAUUUCUGACCACUUGGAAUAAAAACUAUGGAACUUUAUGAUGUUGCAAAGACUCAGAAGUUGAUUUCUGAGAACAAAACUGACAAGGAAAUAUCAGAGAGGCUAUAUGAACUCUGCAGACAUGUAGUUAAGGAGCUUGCUGAAGGAUACCAGAUCAUUGAUAAAGUCUUUCAGAAUUUAGUAACUGACAUGGAAGAGUUGAACAUGCCUCAUAAGCCUAAUCCUUUUCAAAAUUGGCAUGAGGUGAGUCUUCAAACAAAGAAGAAAGAUGUAAAGAUACCUCAUGCUGGUUCUCCGAAAAUGAUGAAAAAGUACUUGAAGAGUGUAAAUAAAAUAUCAAAAGUUGUGAGACUGAUAUCCUCAGCCUCAGGUACCAGGAACAAGUUGAGGAUUUUUCCAAAUUCAGGUAAGAACAGGAAAAGCUCCACAUUUAAAAAAAAGGGGGAGAAAAUCAUCAACGAAUCUCUAAUAAAGAAGGCUAUCGAAGAAACUGACUGUAAUCUAAACUUGUCAAAGAAGAAAUAAACCUUCUAUUAAGAAAGAGAAACUAGACAACAUCACUAUUCUUACCUAUGUAGCCAAAUGCUUUGCAUUACUAGGAAACAAGGUCAAACUUGGCAUGAAGAAGCAUAAGAAGAAUACUAAUCUCUUCGCUGAUGCCAUUAUGCCUGUCUCAAUGAAGCCUCGACUUAUUAUUGAAAACUUCGAACUCUGAGAUCAGAAGCAAGGGUACAACAUGAUCGGUACAACCAAGUAUGAGAAAUUAAGCACCAAGAAUCUUCAAAAUUUUACAAGUGUAUAAGGAAAUCUUCAAUUUGUCA